AUGGUGGCCGCAGACAGCACGGAUGCAGCCGCUCGUCCGGCCAAGCAAGGUCCACAUUUGCCCAAGUAUGGAUGGCUGCACGAAGCAGCCAAACUCAUCAUGGGACAGACGCCCAAGGGUUCACGCCCAGCGGCACCGCAACAGCCCGCUCCCGACUCGCAAAAUGAAAGGCCUGCCUCUGCAGAGUUGGACAGAGAAGCCGAGACCAUCUUCCGCAGGACCGCGCGCUACGGAGGCUCGGAUCCGCGCGACCCCCAAGAUCGUGCCUACGAACCUGCGUCUGGAGACCAGACCUCCGAGGAAAGCGGCGCCACCACGCGUGUGCCUCCCUCGCCCACACACAACAAGUCCAAGCCUGAGCACCGCAGCAGUCAAGCCGCAAACGACAAUGAGUCGGAACAAGGUAGUCCCCGCGGCAACCCGGAUGAGUCCAAAGACCCCAACCAGGUCGAGUGGGACGGACCGGACGACCCCGAAAACCCGCAGAACUGGUCGCAGAAGCGAAAAUGGGCCAUCACGGUGCUCGCCUCGUUCCUCACCAUCAACGUCACGUUUGCAUCCUCUGCUCCCUCCUCUGCGUCACGGCAGCUGGCGCAAGAAUUCCAGAUCGGCACCGUCACGGCGACGCUCAUCACUUCGCUCUUCUUGGCUGGCUACUGCUUGGGCCCCAUCCUAUGGUCGACCACCUCCGAGAUGGUGGGCCGCAAGAUCGUUAUGGUCACCGCCAUGCUCAUGUACGCUCUCUUCAUCAUCGGACAGGCCGAGGCCAAGAACCCACAGACGCUCUUCAUUACUCGCUUCCUCAGUGGCGUCUGCGCAGCAGCCCCUCUCACCAUCGCCGGAGGUGUCAUCGCCGACAUGUGGGAUCCCAUCGGACGAGGUUUCGCCAUGAGUCUUUUCUCAUGCGCCGUCUUCAUCGGCCCCGUCAUGGGCCCCAUCGUCGGUGGCUUUGUCACUCAGUCCUAUCUCGGCUGGCGAUGGGUGUUCUGGGUCAUGCUCAUCUUCGCGGGCUUCUGCUGGUUGCUGAUUUUGCUCUUCUUGCCCGAGACGUUUGCGCCUGUGCUGCUUGCCCGAAAGGCAAGGCGUCUGCGCAGACUCGACCCGCAAGGCAACAAAGACCUGUACGCGCCGCACGAGAAGGACGACUGGUCCAUCGGCGGCAUUGCCCACCGCACUCUGCUCCGUCCCUUCGAGAUCCUGGUCCAGGAACCCAUCUUGGUGCUGAUCACUGUCUACAUUGCGAUCGUCUACGGUAUCCUCUAUGGUCUGUUUGAAGCCGUUCCCGUCAUCUUUGAGAUGAAGAGGGGCUUCAAUCUGGGCGAGUCCGGCCUGAUCUUCAUCGCUGUCGGCUUGGGAACGACCAUCGGCGGGACCAUCAACGUCUUCUUUUCGCUUCGCUACCGACAGCUCACGCCCUUCUGGCAUGGCAUGCCGCCUCCCGAGGAGAGGCUGUGGGGCUCCAUGGUGGCUGGUCCCGUUCUCGUGCUCGGCGCGUUCUGGUUGGGCUGGACUGGCAACUACGCCUCCGUGCCCUGGUACGUGCCUGCGUUGUCGUUGAUUCCGAUCGGCAUGAGUUUCACGCUCGUCUUUAUUUCUUUGCUCUCCUAUAUCGUGGAUUGCUAUACGCUUUAUGCUGCAUCUGCUCUCGCUGCGAACACCAUCGUUCGUUCAGCGGUCGGAGCCGCAUUCCCGUUGUUCACGGUGCAACUCUACACCGGGUUAGGCACAAAUUGGGCCUCUUCGUUGCUGGGAUUCGUCGCUCUGGCCUUGACGCCAUUCCCAUACAUUUUCUACAUCUAUGGAAGCAAGAUUCGCGGUUGGAGCAAGUUUGCGCCCGCCUUUGACCUCAAGGUGCGCAAGGAGCUCGAAAAGGAGGGCAAGCUGCCAGAAGACAGUCUUCACACCACGACAAUUUUCAAUCGAAAUGGACUCAGGGAAGCCAAGGAGGCGGACGCUUCAAAGAAGGAUCCUGAGAAGUAG